AUGGCAGAGUCGACAUGUGGGUUUGACUCGAAACUCUGCACUGAAUAUGCUGAAUUAUUCAAACGUAACAGGUAAAAUUAAUUCAUUUUUAUAGUCUUUUUAAUAAAUAGAAGAGAUUGUAAAAUAUAUUAACCGCGAGGUCUGUUUUUUUAUAAUAUCAACUGGCGUUUUGUAGUAUUUGACGUAUAUUGAAAACCAUCUUGAAGUGAAUUUAUAUUUACAUAAAAUAGUACCUGUAUCUGAUAAAAUGAGUAUUUUAAAAUGAAUAUAGUGGGCUAUAUAUGAGCCUUUUUCUGAAGGUUUGUAAGAAAGUGAAAAUGUACGAGGGUUUUAUCAUAUUUUUCUUUUAAAACCUAUUGUUUUUAUUAAAGGUAAAUAUUUUUUUGUAAUUUCUGAAGGGGUUUGCCAAAAAAAAUCAGAUCUACAGUGCUUCAAAAUAUUUUACCCUCGUCCGUAUGGGUGGGGGUUGGGUAGAGAUGGAUAUAAAAUGAAAUUGCACUGUGAUUAUAAAAAAAUUGCACUGUGAUUACAGAAAAUUGCACUGCUGUUUGGGAUUAAUUGCACUGAAAUCAACCAAUCACAGUCGAGUAAUAUUUUUAUGUAUAUUAUUAUAUGUUGAAACAGUCAGAGAAAAAAAUCAAGCAUUAUAGCUUUAUUAAUAAAUUAAAACUUUUUUCUUCCAGGAUUCAGGAAUCUUUCCUUCCUAAUCUUAAUUAUCAACUUUUAAGAGGAAUGGGAAUAGAUAUUGUGGGCGACAUAAUUGCCAUUCUAAAAACAAUUGCAGAGGUAAAGUACACACAGCUGGACAAUGUUAUGUUUCUUCAUAGUGCAUAUCCUAAACAUAAUAAUAAAAACUACUUACAUGUAUAGCAGCGUAGACAGACACAACAUACAUAGAAAAGUUAAAAAGUGGUGUAUGGUACUACUACGAUAUUUGAAAGUGAAAUGAUGGCAUUUCAGGGGCAAGUGCUCUCUACCUUGCUCAAAAUGUUUCAAUAUUUUGUCUUUAAUCCAGGGAUGGAUUCAGCAUGAUCUGGUAGGGGGGUGGUGAGUGCUCUACCAGCUCUGGUGCUGAGUUGUGUCGGUCAUGUGUGCCGCCUGCCCAUCAACUUGCUUCACUACUGCAAAGUCUUCCUUGACUACUGUAUUUGAAUUGUAAUUGUUGUUCACAGUUCGCUUAUCGAUCAUCAUGUUAUUACUCAAAUUACUGUGUCUCAUUUUGUAUCUAAUAAUUUUUUGCUUUAAUAUCAUGAAAAAUAGCACUUCCCCCCUGCACCCCCUCUGGCCAGAACUAGGGGGGUGCACAUCCCGGAACCCCCACCCCCAGUAAAUCCAUCCCUGCUUUAAUCAUCUCCAUAGUACAUACACAACUGUUUAGCUUUUUUAUAUAUUGCAACACAACACUUGACAGUAUCCAUGCAACACUCUAUUUUUAUAGUUUUAUGUUUCAAUCAAGCUUUUAAGAGCUUCCUCUUGACUUGGACAAAAUGACUUGUACAGGAAAUUACAUAGCCUAUGGUGUAGAUACCAGCAGAAACACGUUUCGUCUGGGGUCUACACCGUAGGCUAGAAAUUACACGGUUCGAGGAGAAGUAUUAUUUAAUGAAAAAUCGCACACGUGUUUGGCGAAAUAUUUAUAAUACUGCCAGCGCAUAGCACGAGCGGUAUUAUAAAUAUUUCGUCAAAUACGCAUGUGAUUUUUCAUUAAUAUUUCAAGAACAAGUGUAAUUUCCUAUUUAUAAUAUCAUUUUAUAGUCAAUUUUACACGAGCAAUCAUUAUAUUGUAGCCAGGCGAGUACAGCUACACCGAUACACGCCUUUGUCAAUUUUGAGAGUAAUUUCUGACAUUAAUUGAAAAACUGUGAAUAAUCUUUCUUCUUUAUCUUUAAUAUUUAAACAUGGACCUUUAUUUUGCAAUGAGCUCUUUAAGUAGACACACCGAACGCGAUUCGACAACGCGACGCGAUUUUUUAGUCUUUGGAAGUUAACAAAACAGCCAAUGAAAGCAAAUUUUAAAAGAUAUGUAGACCAAAUAACUCAAAAUGUAAUUGCGCUUCUAAAUAUCUGGAAAAUUUAAACUAGGAUCAAAGUUAUCAGUCAGUGAAAAUCGAAAAAUCGCGUCGCGGUGUCCACUCGCGUCUGGUGUGUAUGGACCAUAUUAAAAGCUCAGAAAAUAUAAAGUUGUUGAUUUUGAGAUUUUGUGUUUGAAGCACGUGGGUUCGUAUCCGUGCUGAUUAAUGUUUAAUCAGCACACCUGUGCUGAUUAAUGUUUAAUCGGCACGGUUUUUAACCAAUCAGAAUCGAGUAAAUUGACUAAAUGAUAUUAGCUAUAUAAUACAUGUAGAGUUACAAGACUUGAUGAAGCUAUUCAGAUACAGUAUACGUAAUAUGAGAACAUUAAAACUGAUUUCAACAUCAGGACGGUUUACAGUCAAACCGAAUGUUCCCUGAAUAUUGCAACAUUUCUAUCAAUAUUGCAAAGUUCAUUACCUAAUAGACCUUAUGCAUAAUUACAUCACAAGUUUUGAUGUUUGCGAGGAGUACUGGUCUUAGUAGUCAUCGCCCUGGAAAAUUAAAUAAUUCAAAAUGCAUGGCCACUAUUGAAAUGAUGGCAGUAGAUCUCACACACAAUAUAUCACCAAAGGGCAGGCAGAUCUCAAAGGACUCUCAGGUGGAUGAAACAGCCUCAAAUGGAUAUUGACAAAGAAAGCUGUUGGUAUUUGGAGGGGAGUUGAAAAUUUCAGAACAUUUUGUGGUGAGCUUUAAUAUUAUAUACCCAACAUUCCAAGUUACGUUAGGAAAUUGGUCUAAUGUUGUAACUUAAUUUCUAAAAUAUAUCUCAUUUGUGGCAUUACAGUGAUUGUUAUGAUGUUUAGUGCACAGCUGUAUUUUUCACAGGCGAUAUUGGUUAAUUUCCUAUACUAAUUAAUAUAAGAUUAAAAAACAAUUUUCAUAUGCCAAUCAGUUUCAUUUCCAUGUCCUUUAAAAAAAAUGGAGAUAUUUUAAGAAGAUGAUUACACGCACCGGGCUAAGCUCGACUGACUCGUUUGUUUAGGAUCUUAAUUUGUCUUUAAAACUCGCAUAAAAUGAAUUUGCAAUGAAUAAUUGGUUUAGACCAGAUGCCGCUCCCAAUUAUUAAAGCAGUUUAUUUAUGGGCGUUGUCAAUUUAGCGAAUUCUUAUGUUUCCAGAGUGACGAUGUAUACGAGUCAGACAACAAUAUAAGAACCAUAUCAAAGAUAUAUGGACGAAAUAAGAACCAAAGUAUAACAGAAUACCAAAAGGCUGUUAAUGAUUCUUCCUUUGUUCUGGCAAAGGAAAAUCCGGCCCUUUUAGCUGAUAGAAAAGAAUUAAUGAGUAAAGCCCAGGCAAAAGUAAGAGAAACCUCAGGCUUUACAAGUUUGACCUCUGUAACUAAAGACCAGAACAAAGAAGUUCCAUCACCAAUCAUUGUUGAUGCCAGUUGUGAGGUUGCAAAUGACAAAAAUGUGACAAGUGCACAGCCGUUUAUUAAUUGCGCAAGUCUUCAUGUAGACAAUGAUGCUUCCAGCACCACUUCUGUCCCAGCAGAAAUUUUGAAAAAUUCCCACAACUUAUCAGUGAAUGUUGGCUCAUCAAUAGAAUGUGGAAAUUCAUCUAACUCUGGACAGUCCAGUUAUUGUGCUGACCAAAAUUUUUUUUAA